AUGGCCCCAUCUACCUUCGACGUGAUGGAUGAAUGCCUUCUCCCUUCCCCAUUCGACGUGACUGCCGACUCCCUUGUUGUCAAUGACCGUCCUACACGCCGUCGCUUUGCGACAGACGGUCGCGUCCGAUCUGGAUGUUUGACGUGUAAAGCUCGCAAGAAGAAGUGCGAUGAGCAGUACUCGGACUCCGACGGACGUUGUAAGACAUGCGAGCGGCUGGGAUUGGUCUGCGAGCGCCAGCCGCUGCGAACCGUGAUAGCGAAGCCGAAAGAGAAGAAGGGCAAUAGGGAUCGCAAGGCCAAAGAAAAAGAGGAAAAAGAUCUCAACGAUACGGACAUGUGGACGCGCUCGUCCUCAUCAUCAGGCUCGUCUCCCAAGUCCAAGCCGGUAGCGGAGUCCCUCGACGAUCGUGAGCGACUGAGCCUUGUCCCAGUAUCGUCAACGGAACGCAGCAGUGGCUUCAUGACGCUCUUCUCGCUUGAGAAUGCCUCUCCAGAACGAAUCUUGUUAAAGUACUAUGUCGAGCGCCUGGCGCCUCUUUGUUCAAUUCUCCAGGAAGGCAACAACGACUUUCGCAACGUGCUCUUACCGAUGGCCAUCGACGACUCUUCACUCCUCUACGCUCUCUUUGCCUAUGCAUCAACCCAGUUGCCUUUAUCUGACCCUGUCCCAUGCAUCACUCCUCUGACACGAUUGAAGUUUGAGAGUGAAGUAGCGCGUGGUCUCUCUGAAUCAAUCCGUCGGAACACCGUCUCAGAAAGUACGGUGGCAUCUGCGCUUAUAUGUAGCACCGCUGAGGUGGUCAGUGGAGAUACAAAGCGUUGGUACAUCCAUCUCCAGGGUGCCGGACAUCUCAUUGACCAUCUGGGAGGACCUCAACGGCUUCGCCGAACAAGCGACGGGUGUUUCCUCCUGCGAAAUUUUGCUUAUCAUGAUAUUAUGGCUGCCCUGAGCACCAGCAGCCGGCCUCGCUAUCGCGGAAUGUACUGGCUCAACGAUGGUCACAUCCCCGUGGACUCACUGAUGGGCGUCGCACAUGAAAUCCUCGGCCACAUCAGCCAUAUUUGCUGCUUCAUCGCCGAUGUUAAUGAAUUGCCGAGCGCAUCGUCGGAUUGUCCAUCCAGUGUUGUUCAACAGGGCGAGAACCUUGCCCAGCUCUUGCGCUCACAGCCUUUGGGUCUCUGCACGACAGUCGGGGGCAAUGACUUGGAUCUUCUGAUCCACCACGCUGAAGCGCUGAGAUUUGCGGCACUAAUCCACCUAUAUCGUUUUCUUGAUCGCUUUGCAAGGGAAGCCUACGUGACCCAGAUGCGUAAAUGUGUCCAAAAUAUCAUGGAUCAUAGUUUUCAAAUCCCAUCAAACCUGUACUGCGAGAUUGGAUUACUUUUUCCUCUCUUCAUGACCGGUGUCGUCGCAGGAGAUGACAAGGGCAAUGCCGACUAUAUUCGAAAUCGUCUUGAUAAUAUUGAGAGCUGGACCAAGUUUAAACAUGUUACCAGGGUUCGUGAACUCUUGGAUUCUCUUUGGCUUACCAACCGGACAGAUUGGGAAACCUUAUUACAGGAGUGGGACUGGCACAUAUCUCUGGCAUGA